CAACUACUACAACCAUGACUCAACACCCCUCCUCAGAUACCACCAUCUUUCUGGACCAGCCCCCAAGCUGCCUCCAAUUCCACCCCUCCUCCCCGAACCACUUCCUCGUAGGCACCUACCUGCUCUCAGAACACAAGGAAGAUGACUCUGCACCAAUCCAACAAACCAAAACCGGCAGUCUCCAACUAUGGCACUUAGAUCCUGCCACAAACCAACUAACCCUCCGCCACAAACAUCCUCUCCCAUUCGCAGUCUUCGACCUGCACUUCCACCCCACUGACCCAACCCUCGCUGCCAUUGCAACCAGCGCAGCAUCAGUGGUAUUUUUCCGCAUCAACCCCGACAUUGAUGCCGGAGAGGACGUCAGUUCCUGUAUCAAGGAGAUCCACUCCCACCAAGUCCACGAAGACCCCUCCAUCCCAGCACUCUAUCUAGCCUGGUUACCUGCUGGAUGGCACUCCACCAUCACCACCUCCACUUCCAAUGUUGAAACAGAGUACGGCUUCGCCGUAACCUUCUCCGACGGCCUAACCACCAUCUUCAACACUAACCUACCAUCCCCUCCCAAUUCCUUCUCCAUAGCCGAGGAAUCAUCCUAUCCCGCAACCCAACAAAUAGAAGUCUGGUUCGUAGCAGCAGCUACAUACCCCCCACCUCAGUCCGAUGGUGGUGAUAAGAUGCGCUAUAUCUUUACAGGGAGUGACUUUGGCUCGUUGCAUACUCGCUAUCUUCCUGCGCCUUCCAGCAACACCAACUCAGACGAUGAGGAUGAAGCUGAGGCUAGCACGCCCAUCCUCUCCCACGACGACCGCGCCCGCCACCACACAGCAGGCGUGACUGCCAUCCUGCCGCUCCCUGUGCCUAUGACUGAUGGCGCGCCGUGGCUUCUAACGGGAAGUUAUGAUGAGUCGUUGCGGGUGUAUCAUGCUUCUCGGCGGGGGGAGGUACUGGGGGAAAUUGGGCUCGGGGGUGGGGUUUGGAGGUUGCAGGUUCUUUCCACCCAGUCUCGUACUUUGGAUGGUGAGGAGGGGGGUAGGGAGUGGGAGUGCCUGGUGUUGGCGAGUUGUAUGCAUGCUGGGACGAGGGUGGUCAAGGUGCGGGUUGUGGGUGGGGAGAGUGGGGAGUUGAGGGAGUGUGAGAUGGAUGUGCUGGCGGAGUUUACGGAGCAUGAGAGUAUGAAUUAUGCGAGUGAUGUGUGGAAUCUGGGGGGAAAUCAGGGAGCAGGAGGGGAGUUGGUGGUUGUGUCGAGUAGUUUCUAUGAUCGGAGGGUUUGUGUGUGGCGGGUUAAUGUAUGA